AUGCUCAGCGCGCGAGAUCAAGAGUGCCUCGCAGUCCUUCGCGCGGUCCCUCCCCUCCUCUCGCCCGACCUCCCGUCGCUCCCUCCCUCUGCACUCGCCGCCGAGGCUGGCACGCUCAAGCGCAAGCGCGAGCCGAGCGGCGACUCGGCAACCCCGGCCGUCGGCCUCGGGCUCGAAGGAGCCGCACCUGUCGAGCAGCCCCCUCCCGCCGCGGCCAGCAAACGACCACGACCCGCUGCGCCUCCUCCACCGCCUCCUCCUGCACCUUCAUCUCGCGGUCCUCCUGCACCACCUCCCCCUCCGCCGUCCGACCUGCGCGACUCGCCCGCGCUCGCCGCCGCCAAGCUCCCCGUCGUCAAGGGCUCGCCGGUCCUCGGCUCGUCGUCGAUCUCGCGAGUCGACCGCGAGGCAGAGUGGAGGAAGGACUGGCCCAAGGACCGGUUGCGGAAACUCGCCGCGCAGUGCCGCGACCACGGUCGCAAGCUCAAGCACGCCGGCGACGCCAUCGGCCGUGCCUCGUCGCCCGGGCGCAAGGACGUCCUGCGCGCCCUCGCCCACCACGUCGACUCGAUCCUGCUCUACGUCUUCAGCUUCUGGUGCGACGAUGCGGCGAGUCGGGCGUGCAACGUCCAGCAGUGGGGCAGCAUGUUUGGCCUGAUCGCGUUCGUGCGCAAGAUGGCCGAGCGCGAGAACGUCGCCGUCGUCGUGGGCAUGUGCGCUCGGAUGGAGGCGAUCGCCGUCUACACGACGUCGAUGCACGAGCAGAAGGCGCUCAACUUUACCGGGACGCAGCUCACCAAGGCCCACUCGUCGUCGACCGCCGCCCCGAGCGCGCGCCCUCCUCCACCUCCUCCCCCUCCACCUGGUCGACCACCUCCACCUCCCGGCCCGCCACCGCCGCCACCGCCGCCGACUGCUCCUCCCGCCGACGCACCUGCCGCCUCUCCCUCGUCCGGCGCGACCGAGUCGCCCGCCGCCGUUCCCUCGCCCGCACCCGCAUCGGCCGCCCUCGCCAGCACUUCCUCGUCGUCCUCGUCAACGCCCACGUCCACCAAGGCGUACGACGACUUCCUGCGGUCGUUCCUGCGCGCGUCGCCCGACCUGUUCCGGCACCAGCGCCUGUACGACGACUCGUGCGCGCUCCUGUCGCCGGCCGUCCUCUCGACGUCGUUCCCGCGCACGUGGGCGCUGUGCACGCGCCCCGAGGAGCAGACGAGCCUGACGAGCUUUGUCGUCCCGGCGCGGCCGUGGCGGUUCGCGUGGCCGGCCGAGCUGGGGAGGGGCACGCUAGGGCACCAGGUGGCGUGGGCGAGGGCCAUCUUGGAGGAGUGGAGCGAGAAUGAGGGGCUUGGGUACGUGCCCGAUGACGUUGGAGCCGGCGUGUGAAAUGCAGCUGCUCGUCGACCG